AUGGAUUUGAGCAAGGGAUACUUAUGGGAUAAAUUGUGGCUGCCGUUUCUCAUUGCUCUGUCGUCGUUUUUCUUCUUUCGGCUUCUUCAGUUUAUUGUAAGAUGGUACCUUUUCGGCAAAUGGACUUUUCGGACGUUUAGCUACUUUAAAAUUCGUACAUUUCGUCGAAACCGGAACAAGAAUAUGGAUAGCAAAUCUCUUCAGCUUGUUCCUCCUAACAAGAAAUGGCGCAUUUCGAACGAGAUUGUUUCGCUGUUUCAUUCAGUCCUCUCUGGCCUUUGGGCUCUGUAUAUUUUGGUUAAUAUUGAAGAGUACAUUCAUAAUGAGAAGAGUACUUUGAUAACAGUGCGAACUAAGAGUGCCGAAUAUUUGGUUUUAAUGUCGUUUGGUUACCUCGUUCACGAUUUUAUUGAUCUUGUUGUGAAUGAGCGAUCAGCUCGUAUAAUCGAACUUUUAUUUCAUCAUGUGGUUGUACUUACAGGAUUUACGGUUACUCAUAUUACUGGGCAAUUUCUGUAUAUUGUCGUUAUUGGUUUGCUUAUGGAAGUUAACAGUAUUUUUUUACACACCCGCUCAUUGAUGAAUCUCUACCGACAGAAAAAGAAUUCAACUGCAUUUAAAAUUGUUGCCAUGCUCAACAUUUCUACUUUUGUCCUCUUUCGUCUUGCCGUCAGCGCAGCAUUAAUAGGUUGGCUUUUCUACCAUUAUGUAAGUGGUUUGGUUCAAUGGCAUUUGCAAGUGAUUAACAGUCUGUUGGUCUUCUCACUUACCACAACAAACUGUGUUCUAUUUUAUCGUGUUCUUGCCGCAGAUGGGCUUCUUGGUGCGAACCGGGCGCGUGCUGCAGACCUAAAAGAUAAACGACAUGAAACAGCGGCUCAAAACGCUGACCCCGGACAUGGCACAACAACUCAAAAGAAGGAUGAUAAGGCUGAUGAAACUGAUCCUAGCUCGAACGAUGAAGACGAGGAAGGUACAUCCGACGAAAGUGAUAAUAAAAAAUUUGGAGGAAACAAUCAGCCUCGUCCGAAUUAUAUUGAGGUGCCAACACAUCCUACGAGUUCACAGGAGGUUUUUAUUGUAAAUGUGGAAAAUUAAAUUGAUAAUUGCAAUGUAUUCACACAAACAUUAUUGUAAAAAUGUAACUUAUAUAAGAAGACACGGGGGUAGAGCCAGGUUUUUUUCUUUUUCCGGAUUUGUGAAAAUUCGUCCCUCAAAAAUUCCGUAUUACAUUUCACUAACUAAAAACGAUGCUGAUAAGAUGACACGGUUAACAUCCUUGACCCGUUUUUUCCGAUCAAACCUCCGACCCGGCUACGCUUGUCUAACCUUUC